AUGAGCCUUAAUCGCUCUGCCAAGGAUAUGUCCGCCCGUCUACCGCCGCCAGAUCAGAAUUCCCUCCAAUCUGCUCAGUCCAGUAAUUCUGCCCAAAGUAGUAGAAAAAACGCUCUUCGGCUGUUAGUGCAGAGGGAGAUAUGCCCCAGAGGGAAGCAUGUUCCCAAGAAGGGAUGGGGAGAGGCUUCUCAUGUGAAUGUCAAUUCACCAUCUGAGGCUAAAAGUGAACCAGCAAGAGAUCCCAAACGAGGUCUUAUUUCAUGGGUUGAGGCAGAAUCACUCCGACAUCUAUCGGCCAAAUAUUGUCCCCUGAUGCCACCUCCAAGGUCGACCAUUGCCGCUGCAUUUAGUCCGGAUGGGAAAACACUUGCUUCCACGCACGGUGACCACACUGUCAAGAUUAUUGAUUGCCAAACUGGGAAGUGCUUGAAGGUAUUGAGUGGUCAUCGGAGAACUCCUUGGGUGGUUAGGUUUCAUCCCCUCCACCCGGAGAUUCUUGCCAGUGGUAGCUUGGAUUAUGAAGUACGUUUGUGGGAUGCUAAUACUGCAGAAUGUGUUGGAUCUCGUGAUUUUAAUCGCCCUAUUGCUUCCAUUGCUUUCCAUGCUGAGGGUCAAUUGCUGGCUGUUGCAUCAGGGCACAAGUUGUACAUAUGGCAUUACAAUAAGAGAGGGGAGGCGUCUUCACCUACCGUUGUUUUGAGGACAAAACGUUCUCUUCGUGCAGUGCAUUUUCACCCUCACGCUGCCCCGUUUCUCUUGACGGCAGAGGUCAAUGAUCUCGACUCCUCAGAUUCUACAAUGUCACGGGCAACAUCGCCAGGCUAUCUGAGAUAUCCACCUCCUGCUGUUUUUGUGGCAAAUGUUCAGUCCAGUGAGCGUGUAAAUGUUGCUGCUGAACUACCUUUGAUGUCCCUACCUUUACUAGUCAUGCCUUCAAUCCCUGUAGAUGAUACUAGAGUAAAUGAUAAUAGAGAUGUUAGUUCAAGUUCAAGCUCAAUGCAAGUGGAGUCUUCUAUGCGUAUGCAGAUACAAACGGAAACAACUGCACCUAUGGAGACACAUUCAGACAUUGUUUCAGGCUCAUGCCCAGCAAUAAGCAGCGCAGCCAGUAACUAUUUUCAUACUGCAGCUCGUACUCCUGGCAUAGCUGAAGAUGCCAUGGACACAGAUGAACCACCACAUAUGAGGCCAAACCAUCAAGAAAUAAAUGCUUUCAGUGAAGGUAAUAGUACAGCUGAUGGAGGCCCUAGGCAUGGCUCAAUUCGGCAGCAGCCGACAGAGUUUGCCCAAGUUCACCAGCUUUUGCCACCAAGAGAUCCGGUUUGGUGGGAGGUACCCUUUUUGCAAGGAUGGUUAAUGGGUCAAAGCCAAGCUGGUCUUCCUUCGAUACUUCCGCUAAAUGGUGUUGGCAGUGAACACAAUGCUCAGCUUUCAGGUCUUCCUUCUGUGGCACCUCAUUUCUCUAGUUCCAGUGCGGAGGCUGCGGUAGCAUCUUUGGCGCUGUCUGGUAGUUCCUUUUUAUCUGGGGGUUCUGGGAGAUCUGGUCUGCGGUAUCACAUUUCACGCUCUCGCUUCUUAGAACCCGAAUCUGGUGAAGUUGUAGGUCUUCUCAAUACGCAAAAUGAUAUUGAUGCUCAGCCACUUUUAAACAGAAUUCAGUCUGAACUGGCAACAACAGCUGCAGCUGCUGCAGAACUACCUUGUACAGUGAGGCUGAGAGUGUGGUCACAUGAUAUACAAAAUCCAUGUUCACAAUUAAAUGCUGAAACAUGCCGCUUAACCAUACCACAUGCUGUUCUUUGUAGUGAAAUGGGUGCGCACUUUUCGCCUUGUGGAAGAUAUUUAGCUGCCUGUGUUGCAUGCACCCUUCCACAAAUGGAAGCUGAUCCUGGAUUACAAGCAUUAGUUCAUCAUGAUGCUGGGGUUGCAACGUCUCCUACUAGACACCCAAUCUCUGCACAUCAAGUUAUGUAUGAGCUUCGUAUAUAUUCCUUGGAGGAAGCAACCUUUGGCUCAGUGCUUGUUUCCCGUGCAAUUAGAGCUGCACACUGUUUGACUUCUAUACAGUUCUCUCCGACGUCUGAGCACAUAUUACUGGCUUAUGGGCGACGUCAUGGGUCUCUUCUUAAGAGCGUUGUUAUUGACGGGGAGACAACUUCACUCAUUUACACGGUUUUAGAGGUCUACCGAGUUUCAGAUAUGGAACUUGUCAGAGUACUUCCUAGUGCAGAGGACGAGGUUAAUGUUGCUUGCUUUCAUCCAUUUGCCGGGGGAGGUCUAGUCUAUGGAACCAAGGAGGGACGACUUAGGGUCUUGCAGUAUGACAGUGCUCAUGGGUCAAAUUGCUCGACACUGAACUAUGUCGCUGAGAACUUGGCUGAGGUUGGGACGUAUGCUCUAGAAGGUUAG